CAAGAGUUUACAUCUUUUGUGAUAAAUUUGUUAAAAAAAUGUCUUUCCGAAAAUUUUUAACUCAAAGUGAAUUAGAAGACGCCUUGAACGAAGUGGUUCUGAGCUUGGAAAAUCAGGAAAAUGACACUAUUGAUGCUGUUUAUAUUCCACCUGAUGUUGAUAUAUUGACAGACGAAGAGGAGAUUGAUGAUGAUAAUAACAUGGUAGAUAGUCAAAGGCCUAAUGACUUUUGAGCUACAUGUUUCAGAGCAGCCAGAGUUGAAUGAGAAUGAUACUGAAAAUGAGGGCAAACGCAUGAGAAACGAACAAGAGUGGGAUCUCUCGGAUGAAGGAACAUUGGCUUCAAAAAGAAGAAAGUUGCUCGCUUCUGCAAGUUCAAAAGCCAUUUUACCGAAGUGGAAAAAAGGUCAGAUAACGUAUACCCAUGAACCUGUAUCUACAGAAUUUCAGUUUAGGGAAAAUUUACAAAACCUUCUUUUUGGAAAGUCUCCCCUUGAGAUAUUUUAUUUGUUUUUUGAUGACGAUGUCGUAGAACUUUUGUUAAAUUUUUCUGUAAAGUAUGCUCAUGAUAACAAUCGCCAUGAUUUUUUAACAAAACCUGAACUUUUAAAUUUCAUAGGCAUUCUUUUAUUUUCGGGAUAUCAUUCUUUACCUAGAAUUCAACAUUAUUGAUCAACGGAUGAGGAUAAAGGAAUUGAUCUAAUAAAAAAAUGCAUGAGCAGGAAUAGAUUGCAACAAAUAAAGCAAAAUUUGCACUUAUCAGAUAAUUCUUUAUUGGACAAGAAAGAUAAAUUUUCCAAAGUUAGGCCUUUUUUAGAUUUACUCAAUAAGAAAAAUUUGCAGUUUGAAAUUUUUGCUUUCAAUAGGUGAACAAAUGGUGCCAUAUUUUGGCCGACAUCCUUGCAAAAUGUUUAUAAAGGGAAAGUCAGUGCGUUUUGGGUUCAAAUUAUGGUGCCUUUGUUCAUCUAAUGGAUACCUUUUUUAUUCCCUUCUGUAUGCUGGAGCUCAAGAUAAAAAACACUCAGAGCUAGGUUUGGAUGGUGGUGUUGUUAUGAGUUUACUGUCUGUAGUAGAAAAACCACAAAAUCAUCAAAUCUUUUUUGACAACUUUUUUUCGACUUUCAAACUUUUUGGUCACACAAAACAAAAUGUUUUUUUUUUUGCAACAGGCACCAUCCGUGACAAUCGAACAAGCCGUUGUCCUUUUUUGGAUAAUAAAAAAAUGGAAAAAACUGAGCGGGACGAAUUUGAUGCCGCUUACGAUGCUAAUUCAAAAAUUUCUUUUAUUCGUUGGAACGACAAUUCAGUUGUUACAGUUGGAAGUAAUAUUUAUAAUAUAGAACCGCUCACCAGGGUAAAGCGUUAUAAUAAAAAACAACUAAUAGAAACAUUCAUUCAACAGCCUUAUGCAAUAUCUCAAUAUAAUAAGUUUAUGGGUGGAGUAGAUCUACACGACAAUGGCAUUGCAAACUACCGAUCCCAAAUUUUGGGAAAGAAAUGGUGGUGGCCGAUAUUUUGCAAUGCAUUGGAUAGUUUGGUAGUAAAUGCAUGGAAGAUAUACAACUUGGUAAAUAAAAAAUCACAAGUAGAUUUCAAGUCAUAUAUAGCCCUACGUCUUCUAAAAACGGACGCUAAUAGAGUUGUAAGGAACGUUAUUUUAUACGUGCUAAUAUCGAUGAAUUGCGCUUCGAUAACCAAGGCCACCUUAUGGUCUCUCAUGCUCAGAAGCUGCGCCGUAGAUGAGGAAUAUGUCAUAGUCAUACAAUAUAUAUCUGUACAAAGUGUAAUGUUCAUUUGCAUACAGGUUGUUUCGUGAAAUAUCACCAAAAAUAACUUAAUUGUACCUACCAGUGGUUCGUUUACGCACCAGUAAUAAAAGUUGUUUUUUUGAAAGUACACAAACAAAUUUUGAAAACUAAAAGUAUUUUGCAGCUCUCUAUAAAUAUUUGUAUUUAAAUAUAACUUUAUUAUUUAAAAUAUUUAGAGUUAGGCCAAAUGUUAAAAAAAAAAUUGUUAUUCGUUCCCAGUGGUUCGUUCACGCACUACCUUUUUUUUUCCUAAAAUUAACAAAAAAACAAUUUGUUU